GAGAGAGUAGCAAGCAGAGCAACUGAUUUGAAACUAUAUAUAUAUAUAGAGAGAGAGAGAGAGAGAGAGAGAGAGAGAGAGAGAGAGAGAUAUGGCUAUGCUUCAGCAAUCUUCAAUUUCGUCGUCAUCUUCUACUUUCUUUCGAUCUUUUCUCAGUAGCGGCCUCCUAUCGAAAGGCGCAGCCCCUAAGUCACUCAAUAUUUAUACAAAUUCCCAACCCCUCGCCAAACCUUAUCGUGCCUGCAAAGCUUCAUGGCAAGAGCUUGUGGGUGUCUUAAUAUUCUCGGCGGUUCCUUUCACGGCGGUGAAAGCUAUAGCCAACAGUCCCCUGGGAGAGUUGCUUCAGAGGCGAUUGGAAGAGAAAAAGAAGGAUGCCAUCGAUAAUUCUUCCAAUUUCAAGGCACUUGCUCAAAUGGCUAGAAAGGAUAGUUUAUGGUAUGGAGAGAAGCGUCCCCGUUGGCUUGGUCCAAUUUCAUAUGACUAUCCUUCAUAUCUGACUGGAGAACUACCAGGGGACUACGGCUUUGAUAUUGCAGGUUUAAGCAGGGAUCCUGUGGCUUUCCAGAAAUAUUUCAACUUUGAAAUACUGCAUGCUCGCUGGGCCAUGCUUGCAGCGCUUGGUGCUCUGAUUCCCGAACUAUUAGACCUAGUAGGAGCCUUUCACUUUGUUGAGCCGGUCUGGUGGAAAGUUGGAUAUUCAAAGCUUAAGGGUGACACAUUGGACUACCUUGGCAUCCCUGGGCUCCACUUAGCUGGAAGUCAAGGAGUGAUUGUUAUAGCUAUCUGCCAAGCUCUUCUGAUGGUUGGACCGGAAUAUGCAAGAUAUUGUGGCAUUGAGGCUCUCGAGCCUUUAGGAAUUUACUUGCCUGGGGAUAUCAAUUAUCCUGGAGGUGCACUUUUCGAUCCCUUGAAUCUCUCUAAAGACCCGGUAUCUUUUGAGGACUUGAAGGUGAAAGAGAUAAAAAAUGGGCGCUUAGCAAUGAUUGCAUGGUUAGGAUUUUACACGCAAGCUGCCCUAACGGGGAAAGGGCCUGUGCAAAACCUUCUUGACCACAUCUUGGAUCCUUUUCAUAAUAACCUGCUUUCCAUUCUGAAAUUCAUGUGACUCAUCUUUUGAAUCUGUACAUAUGUAUUACUCAUGUUCAUUCAUGUAAAAAAAUGCUAAUUAUUUGUAAUUGGUCCUUCUCGUUCUCCA